AUGGAUACAAAAAAAACAAACCUCACCGUGACUGAAUUUGUGUUCCUGGGGCUCUCAUCAGAGCCCAAGGUGCAGCUCAUUCUUUCUGUCAUGUUCUUGUCCUUCUAUUUAAUAACGGUGGCUGGAAAUGUCCUUCUCAUCACUCUUACCCAGCUGGACCCUCGUCUCCAAAGCCCCAUGUACUUCUUCCUCACUAACUUGGCCUUUCUGGAUGUCUGCUACACGUCCACCAACGUCCCGCAAAUGCUGUCCAACAUGCUGGGGAAAAAGAAGACCAUCCCCUUCUCCAGCUGCGCUGCCCAGAUGUACUUCUCCCUCUCCUUCGGCAUGAUUGAAUGCGUCCUCCUGGGUGUCAUGGCUUAUGACAGAUACGUAGCCAUUUGUCAACCUCUUCAUUACACUGUCAUUAUGGAUCGAAACACCUGUGUCCAACUGGCGGCCGUUUCUUGGUCCAGUAGCUUCCUGAGCUCCAUGAUUAUCAACGUCCUCACUUUGAGUUUGCCCUACUGUGGGCCCAAUGUCUUGAAUCACUUUUUCUGUGAGGUGCCCUCUGUCCUGAGGUUGGCUUGCACGGACACCUCGCUCACUGAGAUGGUUGUUUUCAUCUUCAGUGUCGUCAUUGUCUUCACUCCUUUUCUCCUCAUUGUUGUUUCCUAUGCCCGGAUCCUCCUGUCGGUUCUCAGGAUGCGCUCGGCCUCGGGGAGGCGCAAGGCGCUGUCCACCUGUGCCGCCCACCUCACCGUGGUGGCCUUGUUCUAUGGAACUGCCAUCUUCAUGUACAUGAGGCCCCAGCCGAAGUCCUCCAGGGCCGGGGGUAAGAUCAUUGCGGUGUUCUACACCGUGAUCACACCCAUGCUCAACCCCCUGAUCUAUAGCCUAAGGAACCAGGAUGUGAAAGGAGCUUUAAGGAGAGCUAUCGUAAGACAAAAGGCAGGGGGGCUCUGA